AUUUGUAGGGUAGAUUCUUGAUAGAUAAAUUGAACAAUUCAAGAAGCUAUCAACAAUGGCAUUCCUUACUCAUUUUCCUGUUGCUCCAAUCCAUCAUCACUCCUCUUCGCUCUUCACCAGAUUCUUCCUUUCUCCAAAACCCAAAACCCUCUUAGUUCUUUCUGCACUUUCUUCACCCGAAUCUGUUGCAACAUCUCACUUCUCUUCGACAUCCACCAUAAUACCCUCUUCUUCUCCCGAAAUCCUUCAAGAAAUCUCACUUCCAGAAGAAACCCCCUUACGAAUUGCCCAAGAAAAGCUUUUUAUUCCUCCAGAGACUGAAAUAUCUUCCGAAAAACCUCCCAGAAUCUUGAGAGGUUCUAACAUAGUGCUGAGCAAAUAUGCUAGAGAUGCUCAGGUGAUUUCGGCUGACUUUGUUAAGAGUAGUGUUGAAACAGAGGCUUGCCCAUCUGAUGGGUCGCCGGAGUUUGCUCUUGUUGGGCGUUCGAAUGUUGGGAAAUCGUCGCUGCUUAAUUCUAUUGUUAGGAGGAAAAAGCUCGCCCUUACUUCAAAGAAGCCAGAGCCUAUUUUUAAAUGUGAAGAAAGGGAGGAUCACAAAGAAUCUAUCUUUCUCUUAGUUGUUGUAUCAUCUGAUGAGGAGAUUUCUAUGGGUUUUUCUCGGGGUAAAGGAAGAGGGAAAACACAAUGCAUCAACCACUUUCGAAUUAACGACAGUUGGUACUUGGUGGAUUUGCCUGGAUACGGAUAUGCCUCCGCACCACAUGAACUUCGAAGAGAUUGGAACAAGUUCACCAAAGACUAUUUUCUGAACCGGUCAACACUGGUCUCAGUCUUCCUUCUCAUUGAUGCUAGCAUUCCUGCCAAAAAGAUUGACCUCGAAUAUGCAAGUUGGCUGGGUCAGAAUAAGGUCCCAAUGACGAUAAUAUUUACAAAAUGUGACAAGCGGAAAAAGAAAAAGAAUGGUGGAAAGCAUCCCGAAGAAAACGUGCAAGACUUUCAGGAGUUGAUCAGUGAAUACUUCGAAGGAGUACCACCUUGGAUCAUGACAAGCAGCAUUACCAAUCAAGGUCGAGAUGAGAUACUGUUGCAUAUGUCUCAGCUUCGUAACUAUUGGCUCAAGCAUUAACUUAUCAUGGAUCUCUUGUUUGGUUCAAUCUGGAAGUGCGACCGUUGCUGGAGGACAAGUAAAGCGUAUUUUAUGCCGCUGAAACUAAGAAAGGCAAACCGAAAGGGGAAUGUAGAUCGAUUGAAGUUGCUUUGAACCUGUAAUUUUUCCAAACUGUGAUAGCAAGAGUUGUGGGCUAUCUGCUUGGUUCAGGUAACCAAGAUAAGUUUGCAUGCCAUUUCCAGAACUGGAUUUUGUUAUUUAUUUUUGGUAAUAGAUAACCAAGGCGCUGGUUGUUUUCGACUUAAUGAGCUUAAUGGAAUGUAUAAGUAGUAGCAAGUUCAAGUA